AUGGUCAUUGCUAAUGGAGUGUUACACUUGGUUGUUUUUCAACGCUACCUCUCAUCCGACUCUUCUAGUCAUUCCUCUUCGAAUUCAUCACAUAGUGAUAGUGAUAGUGAUGAUGUGACAUCUAGUGAAUCCGAGUCAUCCGACUAUUCAGUAACUUUAUCUUCUGAUGAAUAUGAGCAUGAUCCUGCUACACCAUAUGUGAUUGUUUACUUUGAUAUGGUGGAUGAGAAGUUCAAGGAGAUGCCACCACCGAAUUGUAUAAACGAAGGAGAUAUGUUUCAUUUGACUGUUAUGAGGGGAUGCCUGAGUUUAUAUUGUACUACCAUUGAUGGGGACCAGGUUGAUGUGUGGACUAUGAAGCAAUAUGGUGAUCAGAAUUCUUGGACCAAGUUAUUUGUCAUCCCGCAUGGGCCAGAAAUAAGAGAUCUAGAUUUUUUGAUGCCAUUGUGCGCUACAAAGAAAGGUGAAGUAGUGAUGUCAAAUGAUGAUGAAGGAAUAAUCAUUUAUAAUCCUAGAAAGAACAAGUGCAGGAGUCUUGAACUAUCAAAGUUGUGGGAUUCAAGCGUGGUUUUAUAUUUGGAUAGUUUAGUUUUGCCUAUUUGA